CCUCCUCCUUGGCGGCGGAUGUUGAAUCUGGUGAACAAAUCAGGGGCGGCCAAUCUGAUGAGGCUCUCGUAGAGGAAAGGGAAAGCCCUCGGCUAUUGAGAAUUGAGAGUAUAGGCCAGCGCCAAUUUAGCGAAAGACCGCCCAAACCCUCAUUUUUCACAAUCACAAGGAAGAACAUCAAUGGAGAAGAAAGAAAGCCCGAAGAUGAACAUCGCUAUCAUCCACCCCGAUCUGGGAAUCGGCGGAGCUGAAAGACUUAUUGUUGAUGCUGCUGUUGAACUUGCCUCCCGUGGACAUAAUGUCCAUGUCUUCACAGCCCACCAUGACAAAAAUCGCUGUUUUGAGGAGACUCUUUCCGGUACCUUUCACGUAAAAGUAUAUGGCUCAUUCCUACCCCGAAAUAUAUUUUAUAGACUUCAUGCAAUCUGUGCAUAUUUGAGAUGCAUUUUUGUUGCUCUAUCGGUGCUGUUUCUAUGGCCAUCAUUUGACAUUGUACUAGCCGAUCAAGUCUCUGUUGUCAUUCCACUUAUGAAGCUUAAGAAGUCAAUGAAGGUUAUUUUCUACUGCCAUUUUCCAGAUAUGUUACUUGCUCAGCAUACGACCAUGCUCAGGAGGAUAUACCGAAAGCCUAUAGAUUUUUUAGAAGAAAUGACUACAGGUAUGGCUGACAUGAUAUUAGUCAAUAGCAAGUUUACGGGUUCUACUUUUGCGAAUACAUUCAGGCAUCUAAAUGAGCGUGGAAUUAGACCAGCCGUGCUAUACCCAGCAGUGAAUCUUGACCAAUUUGACAAACCUAGUGAAGACACCAAGUUAUUAAACUUUCUAUCGAUCAACCGCUUUGAAAGGAAAAAGAAUAUAGAAUUGGCAAUAUCUGCCUUUGCCAUGCUCUAUAAUGAUCAUGAAGGGGGUGGGAAUCAAUAUACUAAUAUGGCUGAUGCUUCCUUGACUAUUGCAGGUAUAGCUUGAUUGUUGUUUAACCUCUACUACGAGAUAAGAUGUUAUUCUGUGGGCUCUCUUUUCAUUCCCAUUUUCGCCCCAGGUGGAUUUGAUGAGCGAUUGAGAGAGAAUGUCGAUUAUCUUAAGGAUCUGAAACUGCUGGCCGAAAAACAAGGUGUUUCGGAACGGGUCAAGUUCGUCCCUUCUUGCUCUACUGCUGAAAGGAAUGCACUUCUCUCUCAAUGUCUAUGUGUUCUUUAUACACCAAAGGAUGAACAUUUUGGCAUUGUUCCUUUGGAAGCAAUGGCAGCGUAUAAACCCGUAAUAGCAUGCAACAGUGGUGGUCCUGUGGAGACAGUAGAUGACAGCGUGACCGGUUUUCUAUGUGAUCCUUGCCCACAAGAGUUCUGUUCAGCCAUGGCUAAAUUCAUCUCAGAUCCUAGCCUGUCUGUGACGAUGGGCCUUAAGGCCCGUCAGCACGUUUCAGAGUCCUUCUCAACCAAAAUAUUUGGCCACCGUCUCAAUGCCUAUCUCAUUGAUAUUGCAAGAGGGAAGGAGGAAUGAUGAUCUGCCAUGACCUCCUGGGGAUUAUGACGUCACUGUGGUUCGACUUAUGUUAUUAGCAACAAAUGUUCAACUUUUUCCAAUUUCAAGGAAUUUUGUUUUAUUACACAAUACUGAACUCGUUUACACAAUACUGAACUCGUUUACACAAUACUGAACUCGUUACUCCGUAUAUUUACUCGAACUGAUUAUAAUUCCAUCCUAUAUUUAAUUGAUAGAGAAUGAUAAGAGUUAUUGCUUUUUA